AAGAAGGAAUUGUUUGUGUAGUGUUAAAAAUUUUCUGCAGCCAGGUUAUGAAGUAUGAACCGUGAUAAAAUCGUGUCAAGACGCUGGGUUGACGCUGGGGCUUGACAAAAUUCACGGAUAAUGUGAUACAUCUUAAAUCACAGUUAAGAAUUUAAAGACUGUUACAAAUUACCGCGGAGGUUAGGGCGUGGUAGUUUGUUAAUAUUUUUGUAAUUAAUAUGACUACCCUACAACAAUUUUCUUGUUACGCUUUGGCGGCUAUCAUUAGACUACUGUUAAUUCACUCUGAAUAUCAAAAGAUUAUCGCUGAUAGGGUCGAGGUAUCUACUGCAUUGAAUUCCUGGAAAAAAGUUACAGAAGGCGUAUAUCUACGUGAAGCUGGCAUCGACCCUUACACUGGAGAUUUAUUCCAUGAAAGCCCUAUUGGUCUUUAUGUCUUUAGUUUCAUGCAAAAGUACCUGUCAUCAUGGGUAUUGAGCUGCAUAUUUGUCCUGACAGAUCUGGUAACUGCCUGGAUCCUUGGGGCUACUGCUCAUCGCUACACGACUGAACUGAUAGCCAAAGAGAAAAGAGAAGUGGCGACAUACCAAGAGGAAACACGGGGUAAAGAAGUAUCAGCUUCUUUGCCAGUGCCCAUUACUCCAGGCUCCACUGUCAGCACUUCUGCACUUUUGGUUCCUGCAGCUUACUUGAUUAACCCAUACAUAGUCUUCAAUUGCGUGGGAUUCACUACUACAGUGUUCACGAAUUUCCUAUUAUCAGUAGCGCUCUACUCAAUGAUAACAAAGUCGAGACUAUGGAGCUGCUUGACUAUAGCAUUGCUAACGUUGCAAGGGCUUUAUCCUGUCACCCUUAUGGUGCCUGCGAUUAUUUACUUAGCACGGAACAGUGAUGGUGUGACUAAACCCAUUCCCUAUGGGAACAUCGCGAAAACGAUUGCAACGUUUAUCAGCAUUCUUUCAGCGUUGUACUUCGUUUCUUACAAAGUUACUGGGAGCUGGUCAUUCCUGCAGAGUACGAUAGGAUUCAUUUUAACAGUACCAGAUUUACGACCAAACAUUGGUCUCUACUGGUACUUCUUUACCGAAAUGUUUGAACACUUCAGAUGGCUAUUUGUCGCCUCUUUCCAAAUAAACGUAGGGCUCCUAUAUGUUGCCCCCCUUGCACUGAGAUUCCGCCGAGAUCCGAUGCUUCUAGCUUUUUCAUAUCUGGCGAUUGCAGCUAUUUUCAAAUCAUAUCCUUGUCUUGGAGAAGUCGGAUUUUACAUGGCAUUGCUACCGAUGUGGAAGCACCUAUUCCCACAUAUGCAGCAAGGAUUCAUCGUUAGUUGUUUUCUCCUCUCCUGCACAGUGUUUGCGCCAACGGUUUGGCACCUUUGGAUCUACUCGCGAUCUGCAAACGCAAAUUUCUACUUCGGGGUCACUCUGGCCUUUGCCAUUGCUCAAAUUUUCUUGGUGACGGACGUUCUAUUUGCUAGCGUAAAACGGGAAUUUUCACUGCACCACGGUCUCUCGAGGGUAAUUCACGGAAACACGGCAAAACUUUUGCUCGAGUAAUAUCAACAGACUAUGAAAUACAUUCCCAUGUCAGAUUAUAAGAAUCUACCGAUGUCACAAUAUAGUUAACAGUUAUUGAGCAUUCGAUGGAUUCGCUCGAAAAACCAGCUAUCUCACAUUUGAAAUGCGUCGCGAUAGCCAAUUUUUCAGGUGAAUCCGAAAUAGCCGAUUUUUUUAGGCGGCCGUCGAAGUUGUUGAAACUUAGGAUAGGAUAGAAUAAAUUACAAUAACGUAAGACGAUGGGCACGUGCCACAGUAUCCGUUAGGCUGUUCAUAUUUUGUAACUAUUGAACUUGCUCUUUAAUUCUGAGUCUAAUUUAUUUAGAAUAAAACAUCCUGCCCGCCUGGAUAAAAACGAA